AGCUAAUGGAGGCAACUUAGACAGGAGCAGGCGCGGCCCCUCGUCUCUCGGCGCUGCCCGCUCCCCCCGCACCGGGAGCGGCGCUCCCCGCCGAGCAGCCUCCCGAUCGCUGCCGGGCCCGCGGGACUGCCUGGCCGCUUGCGCUGCCCCGAUGAUGUUACCGAGCCCCGUCACCUCCACACCUUUCUCUGUCAAAGACAUCCUCAACCUGGAGCAGCAGCAGGACCCACACUAUGGGGCCCAGCUCCCGCACCACCUGGAGCACCACUUCCACCCCGCCGCCUGCCUGCUGGCGGCCGCCGACGGCCCCCGCUUCUCCGACGGCGAGGAGGAAGAGGAGGAGGAGAAGCUCUCCUACCUGAGCCCUAUGGCAGCGCCCGGCAGCCAGGCGGACGCGCGGAUCUCCGCCGACAACUACGUUCACGCUGUGCUGCGUGGCUCCUGCGAGGCUCCCGGCCCGGGAGAAGAGCUGGACCCCGCGGUCCGCGACCCAAAGAGCUGCGUCCUGAAGAAGCCGCUGGACGCGACGGAGAAAACGGAGGAGGCAGAGAGGCCGAAGCAGCGGAGCCGGAGGAAGCCGCGCGUCCUCUUCUCUCAGGCUCAGGUCUUCGAGCUGGAGCGUCGGUUCAAGCAGCAGCGUUACCUGUCAGCGCCCGAGCGGGAGCACCUGGCCAGCAGCCUGAAGCUCACCUCCACGCAGGUGAAGAUCUGGUUCCAGAACCGGCGCUACAAGUGCAAGCGGCAGCGCCAGGACAAGUCGCUGGAGCUGGGCGGCCCCGCGGCCCCGCCGCCGCCGCGCAGGGUGGCCGUGCCCGUGCUGGUCCGCGACGGCAAGCCGUGCCUCGGUGGGUCGCAGGGCUACAGCUCGGCGUACAACGGGCCCUACUCCUACAAUGGCUUCCCCGCCUACGGCUAUGGCAACGCCGCCUCCUACAACCCCGGCUACGGCUGCACCUACCCGGCAGGCACCGGCGGCGCCUCCAUGCAAGCCGCCUGCAGCCCGGCGGCGGCCGCCGGCCCCUUCGUGAACGUGGGCGGCCUGGGGGGCUUCAGCGGCGGCGGCCAGCCGCUGCACCAGGCGGCGGCGGGGCCGUCCUGCGGCCAGGGAGCACUGCAGGGCAUUCGGGCCUGGUAGCCCGCACGCACUGAGGGUCGGGAGCGGACCGACAGGACGGCCUAGCGGCUCCGGGGCCCCGUUAUCACCCGCACCGCAGCCCGGCUGCGCGCCGCGCACCCUGGACCGGAGGCGGCGGCGGGACGGCGCAGCGGCACCCCGGCUCUCCCGCGGGCAUCGGUGCGGGGCCUGCGACGGACGGAGCGAAGCGGCGCGGCAGGACGGGUCCUCCCGAGCCCGCAGCGAAGCGCUGCCGCACCGCGGAGCCGCCGGGACGGACGGCCGGACGGCCGAGCCGGGCGGGCCGGAGCCGAUCGUGCCGCGCUAGCGGAGCAGCUUUGCUUGUAAAAAGCCGACGGCGGGGCCCGGUGGUGCCGCGGCCCCUCUAUCUACUUUGUAUCGGUCACUGCCAGCGCCAGCUCGCCCAGUCAGUCAAUAAACCAGGUGCAAUAU